AUGAGAAGGCCUCUGUCGUUUAUUGGCAAGGCCUCAGGCCUCCUCCACUGUCCCAACAACCUUCAAGCCAUCGUUCCGGCGCUCUGCAUUUCCACACGCUCGGUGGCGUCGUACCCUUCACCUGGGACAGACCGUGGCAAAGUUAAAAUAAAUCGCAAGAAAUACAAUUUCCUUAACAGUGAGCGUCUCAUGAAAACCAACAAGGAACCACGCAGCCGUCGGGAAGUCCGCAUACGCGACGACGUUUUCUUCCACCGUCGCAUCCAGUACCGUCAGGCGAUCGGAACGAAUGUUGAAAAACACAUCCGAUACUUACCGGACAAUGUGAAGCAGUACGUCUUUUUCAAAAAUAAGGUGAAUUCUUUAGUGAGUACCGGCUUUCACGGAGCGAGGAAGGCACCAGGAAUUGUAGCGCGCCGGAUAGUGCUGAUGGUGGAGAACGAGAUACUGAAACCCGAGAACCGGGACCAUCUGGUGGAAUUGAUUGAGAGCGUCGGUGUGGAGCCACCCACAAAGGAGGAAUGGGAUCGGUACACCAACAAAAAGACAGGAAGGAUAAGUAUCAACUUGUACUACCACGCCAAUGUGGAGAAACACUUGCGUCAAUUUUUUACUGCUAAGGUUGGUGGGUCGUUUAGGUUGUUUCAGGCUUUCAUGGUGCUCAAGAGAAAUGAUUUUAGCGUCUGUCCCCCUAUGUACGAGUGGGCGCUGCGUCAGGGUCCGAUUCGCAACGAGGAGCUCGUGGAGCGCAGUGAGGUUAAGGAGCAGCGGGACGUUAUCGGAGAACUUGCGAAAUUCCAGCGGCCACACAUUGACCGGGCGUUCAAGAAGCUAACGAACCAAGCGAAGCAAAAGUGCUUAAAAGAGGCCGAGGAUAAUGAAGACCAGUUGCGUCGUGAGUAUGAGCAAGAGCGAGUUUUUGCCGCAAAGGUUUUGAGUGGCGUGGCAGCGCUCAAGGAAGUGCGGGCGAUGACAAGUCCCGCCCUCACAUAUUAUCGUCACGAGCACUACAAAUAUGUGAUCAAAAAAAAUGGAUCCGUGGAUGCCACGCUGCGGCGUUCAAGAGACGAGUCUCCCAGUUGGCACAUGAUCCCGAAAGAAGAACAAGUCAAAUUUUACUGCUUUGAGCGAACAAUGGAGAUGCACCCGGUUGGAGGUGCUCACCUGUUUAUUCGUUACGCCUGCCGUGACUAUGGCCUUACUCGAGAGGAGGCGAUGUUACGCUGGUCAUUUUUGUCAGACUUGCAGAAGGCCGCACUUAGUUUUUGCUUCUAUGCACCCAUAUCCGCAUCCAACCAUUCCGGUGUUGCGUUCCGUCGUUUUUACUGGAAACAGUGUUAUGUCCACGGCUUGAUGAUGACGGGCAAGGCAUGUGGAAACCGUGCGUUCUUUGAACGCAUGCGCAAGGUUUGGAUGGGGAUGAGUGCUGAUGAGCGCGCACAGUACGAGGAAACGGACUCAUUUUCUUCUGUUUUCCCCCUUCACCGUCAAUCUGCAUCGAGUGUAGAGCGCGACGGCACCGUUUCGGCUUCCGAAUCUAAGGUUUCUGAUUCAAUAUUCUCAAUGCAAUCAUCAUCCAGAGCUUGUUCCACAGUGAACGGCACGAACAGGGCAACACCGACUCUUGAAAGGAACGGUUCGACUCCCACAGAUGAGGAGGACGACAAGGAGCUGCUUUACUUUGAAGAUGAAGUUAUCGAAGGCGAUGAUGAGGAUGACAAGUCCGGUGGUGACUCACACAGAGUUAACGGUGGUCCGACGGCCACUCGCCGCUGUGAAGAAGUGAGAGCUGUUGAGCCUUACAUUGAGGAAGCUGUUGCCUUUUCAAUUUAA